UGUUGUUACUUUCCUUGCAGGUGAUUGCCCUUGUGAUGGAUUCUUUCACAGAUAUUGAUAUCUUUGGUGACCUGCAGGAUGCCUAUAACAACCGCAAAGUCCCUGUGUAUAUCCUUCUUGACCGAGACUUCCUACCCCAUUUCUUGGAAAUGUGCAAGAAUUUGAGAGUUUGCCCUGAGCAGGAAAGUAUGAUGAGAGUUCGAACUCUCACUGGGAACACAUACUACAUGAGGUCGGGUGCCAAAAUUGUUGGUAAAGUCCAUGAGAAGUUCAUGUUAAUUGAUGGCAUCAGAGUGACAACAGGCUCCUACAGCUUCACGUGGUCUGAUGGGAAGCUGAACAGCAGUAACUUACUGCUGUUGUCAGGUCAAGUGGUUGAACACUUUGACCUCCAGUUCAGGAUUCUUUAUGCCCAGUCAAUGCCCAUCAGCCCUAAAUGGCUGUCCAGCAGCAGGAACAGUGGGAUGUUUGAUCACCUGGCAAACAGAGUCGAGUCCCCUAGGGAAUACACUGUGGAAGACAACUUGAGAGCAGAAUUUGCCAGAUUGGCUAGUACUCCAAAGAAACUGUCGAAAGAACUAGAUCUGGCUGAAGAUACUUCUGGAGGCAAACCCUGGAACCUGGGCCAUUCUUGCCUCUGUGAAGAGCAGUGGUUCAGGGAUCAAGAGGCCAUAGUGGAACGGAAAAGCGCAUCGACUCAAACCGGCCCGUGGGAAGAGAAGCCUGUAGUGACUGCGCGUAAUGCUGCCACACAGACCUCUGCAGUAACAGCAGAAACUGGCACUCAGACCUCUGUCGCUGCUAAAACGACGGGCACUCAGACUUCAGUUUUGCUGAAGACUGCAGUGACACAGACAAAGGAAGAGGAGUACACAGAAACACCCCUGCUUCACAGGAAGCUGUCAAAAGAAGGAUCUUCUCUGACUGGAAAGGCUGUAUCAAGCUCUAGUCUGCGAUCACUGUCUUCAUUGUCCCAGUGCUCUCUUGCAAGCUCCACUGGCUCACUCUCUUCUCUCCGGUCCUUUGAAUAUUCUAGCAGUCACAGGGCAGAAUAUUUCCAAAAACUGCAUAAAGAGAGGCACUUCCACUAUACCACUAUCAGGUCGAAGCUUAGCCACAUGGUGGAUAUUCUCUCCCGGAGGGGACAUGUGCCUGGAAGUUAUGUGACCCAGUACACGGGAAGAUGCAAUCUAAAACAGAGGCGUGACAUCAGCGCCAGCCUGCGCAGCCUCCGGGAUGUUUCACUCUUUUCUCUGAAGAGAUGA